AUGGAGGACAGUGCGCGGCUGACCUUGAAAGGGCUCCAGCUCCUGAACGUGAGGACCUUUAGAACCCCGGGACUUCUGAGAAGCAACACCUCUCUGAUUAUCGAUGAGUCAGAUGGGUCUGGCAGCGGGUAUUUCAUCAGCGAGGUGGUGGCGGUCAGGAACUCCAGGCUGAACUUUGACUUAAGCUCCAGGUGGGGGCUUGGAGAUGAUCAUUUUGCCAAUGCACACGUUGUGGGUGAGGAAGGCCUCAGCGUGUUUAGCACAGUCCUGAAUUCAACCAGGCUUUUCGCAAAGGGCAACACGAGCCUUGACAAUUGCACAGCCACCGGCAACUACAGAGUCCAGAUUAGUGGGAUGCCCUCGCAUGCAGGAUUGAUCAACCGGGCUGUAACACCCACAAUGAUGGUGCGCAACUCGCACCUUGCGCACUGCAGAGGAACGUGCCUGACGAUUCGUGAAGCAGACAACGCAUCGGUGCUGUUGCAGGGCUCCACAGUGCAGACCGCCCUGGAUGUGCAUAGUGUUGACGGCUUGCGGUUGGACGUUCGCGACGUGACGGUCCUGGAGAUGCAGUCUACAUUUCUUGAGUUCGCACGCAAGCCGUCGCAAGAGCCAGGUCCGCCGCAGCUCGAGGCCAGCAUGAACAACGUGACACUUUGUGAUGUGUGGAGUGCAGUCAAGAUCUCCGCCUCGAGCUGGAAACUGUCCAUGGACAAGGUCACCAUUAAAAGGGCCACGCUCGGAGGGGCGGCCUUGCAGUCUGUCGGUGUGGGCGGCGGCACAGCGGUGCUCCGUGACGUUGAGAUGGUGGACAUGCUGGGCACGGCACUCGUGCUGAACGGCAACAUCGCCACGAACGUCUCGCGCAUGAGCUGCAAAAAUUGCAACAUGGCGAUCACUGCUCGAAACACUACCCUCGAGAUGACGGAGGUGGACAUUCUCGGCGAGGAGAAGCGGGGUGUGGGUGUGACGCUGAUGUCCUCCAGCCUCCAAGCUCGGGACUUCCGAGCAGUCAACCUUGCUGCGGGGUUGGUGCUCACCAACUCGGAGGUCCAAAUGGAGGACGCCUUCCUGACGGACAACGCUUUGGGGAUUGUGGCUUCGAACGCCAAGGGAAGCAUCACCGGCCUCACGUACUUCAACGACGCAGAGGACGUGCACUUCAAUGGUGGCAGCAGGCUCAAGGUGGAAAACCCGGACUUCGCCAUGCACCUCAACUACCGGGACUUUGCGGCUGUGUGCCUGGCCGGCUGCCUCGUGUCCACGCUCUCCGUGGUCCAGCUCUUGAAGUUGCUCUACACCGACCUGGGCCUCUCCCGGUACGUCUUCGUCUGGUUGCUGGGCUGCUGCUGUUGGCCCGUGGCCAUCGCCGCCUCCGUGAAGGUGCUGUUCACCAUCCAGGCGGCAGUGCGGGAGCAGGAAGCAAAGCCGGGCAGGGCGCUCCAAGAGGAGUACCUGAGCCCUGAGGAGAAGAUGAAGUUCUUCUUUGUUUUCGUCCUCGUUUGGUCCGGCUGCGGUGCAGCAUACGUGUGCUUCGACGUGCUCCGCAACCGGCACAGCCUCAUGGCCUUUGGAGACUUGCGCCGCAAGCACAAGCUGAUGGAGAAGCAGGAUGCUCUGAAGAAGCGCUUGGACGACCCCACCGUCCGCAACAAGCUCCAUGACCUGCACAACGACCUCGUCGCUGCCCUGGAUGACGAGAGCGAGGAGAAGUCGGAUCAAAUCUUCCAGGAGAUGAAAGUGUUGGCGGCCAAGGAGGCCCAGCGCUUGGCCGGCUGGUUCGAAGAUCAGCGCAGAGCCUACCAGGCUGAAGAUGACGGGGCGCGCAUGGCGAAGCUGGAGGUGAUCCCCUCCCAGUCCGGGGAGGCCGUGCAGCCGGCCUUGGGAGAGCGCCACUGCGCCAGCCAGGAGUUGGCCGUGGAUGCCUUGUCGGCCUAUGCGAGCUGGCUGCGGGCGGACUUCAAGAGGAAGCUCAGCGAGAUGGUGACUGCACUGAACGAGAUCAACCGCACGGAUCUUCGAAAGUUCGACGAGAAGCUGGUCCUGGAUUCUUCACUGCACCAGCUUCAGCCUGAGCCGGGCGCAGAGUACGGCAAACACCUGGGGCUUUUGGUGGCUCCCAUCAAGAGCAAGGAGCGGGCCUUGGCAAAGAUCACGGAGGAUUAUGAGAAGGAUGAAGAGAAGAAGGAGCGACCAUCGGCACGAUAUGUUUGCGAUUUCCUGCGGGCCACCAUCUACGCAUCGGACCCUUUCGCACUGGCCAUUGCCUUCCACACGCUCAAGGAGCACUUCGAAAUCGUGCGGGUGAAAAACAAGUUCGCCAACGACAAGCUCCCAGAUGAGGAGCGCACGAACAUCUUGGUGAAUUUGUGGGUGGAGGGUAAGCGCGGCAAGCAGAUCGCCGAAGUCCAGUUCCUGAUGCAAGAGUAUCUGACGGCAAAGUCCUUGCAGCACAUGUACUACGAUGUGGUGCGCGCGAAGAAGGCUCAGGAGCUCUUCAGCAAGCCGAUCUUUCGCUGA